AGCGUAGUGAUAAGAAAAGUUUUGUUAAUUUUACGACUGAUUUAAAAAAUACCACUGGCAAGCUUUUAUUUCGAGCUCGCAGUGCCAAUAUUUACGACAAAGUUCAGCUCCGUGGUGUCAAGCUGCAGUACGGAUCGUGCACUGAGCCUGCAUGCUCGUUUGGAAGUGACUAUGAGCCUUCCAAUUGUAGUUGGAGUCUGAACAACUGGGACAUAACCUUUCACCUUACAGCUCCACCUGAAACCAUCAACGCUGCUACAAGAGGAUAUUUCGCACAUGUCGUCAACACAGCUCUCACAGGUACGAUGACCACAAGCUUAGUUCAGCCAACAGGAGCCCACAAAGGAUGUCUAGAAUUUAGUUUUAUUCUUUAUGGCCCUGAUUUGAGACUGCUCGUGUUGAUUCUAAGUUUGGAUGGAAAUCGGAGAGAGUUGUGGGCAGUGUCUUCAAAUAUGUCAACUAUCUCAUACACCUGGCAGCAAGCACGAGUGCCAGUGACAUCCCCAACUGCAUUUACAGUGAUCUUUGAAAACUAUCCCGCUUACAGCAACUCUGGUUUCAUUGCCGUCGACUCUGUUAAAUACACAAUAAUGAAAGAAUGUUUUGUCGAACCAUGGGACGCUCAUAUAUCUAGCGAUAACGUCAUCUCAUCGUCGUUGUCGUUGUCGUUGUCGAGUUCCACACAAACAAUGCCAGAAACAAUCAGUUCAGUUUUGGGGUUAAAAAUUUCUAAACUGGAAGCCAACACUACAUUUCUCUCAUCAACGUGGCCUCGUUCUGAGGACGAUACAACAGGUUCCCAAGCGGCAACGUUUUCACAGUCAAACAAUGAUCAGAAGACGCCAGUGAUUGUUGGUGCUGUAGUGGCGGUGGUCAUCGUCAUCGUCUGCAUAGUCGCUCUCAUCAUCAUCGUCAUCAGAAAGAGACGCAAAAAGCACCAGGGAUGGAAAAGCACGAGUGAUGACACACCAGUUGCUGGGAUUGUGAAUGACCUGCAUAAUGACAGUGAUGAUCCUCUGUCCAGUACGACCCUGGUGGAUAUAAAGGACACGCUGGUCUUCUCAAAACCUGAUGUUGACCCCUGUGAUGUCGCAGACGAUGGGCUACCGGGGUCAACACGCUCUGCUGUCAUCGACAACUGUGGACACAUACCUAGCCCUGAAGAUAAAGCAGGAUCAUGUUCCAGCUCACAACACAGCCACAAGCAAAGUAAAGAACCAUCAGAAAUAUACUCACAAGUUCACAACAAGAAAAAGGAAACAGUAGACGUAUACUCACAAAUUCACAAAAAAAUCAAGGAAACUGGAAAUAAAAGUCUAGAGCAAAGCAGUGAAGCUGAAGGUUUUGUCAGUCCAUUGCACACUCCCAAGAUCUUCGAGCUCUCCGACCCACAGAGACCUUUGGCCAUGGCAAAUACAGAAGAUGAACAAGAAUACAAUGCCCUUAACUUUGAACAGCACAGGCAAGUCGGGAGGAGCAGUUCACCAAGGGAGGAUAGUAGACAGACCUAUGACCACAUCCAGGGCGAUGUUGUGAACGACUGCCCCAAGGUUGAAGACAAGAGACAGGCUGCUAACAUGGUGGUUGACACUGAGUACGACCACCUUGGCACAUGAGACCAUGAACAUGGUUGAAGGAUGCGCACUCUAAUUUCAACUGGGUGAUUAUUUUCUUACGGAAAAUAAA